UCGCACAAGCUCCGCGCCGCCGGGGCAGCCGCCACGUCCCUCCUCCGCAGCCCUUCCGCCGCGCGGGGCAGGCACGCCGGCCCCCGGGUUAGGCCACCUCGCGGCGGCACCGCCCGGCCCGUGGUGCGGCGGACGGGGCUCGGCGGUGCCAGCGCAGGGCUCCUGCUGGCCGCGCCCCGCCGGCAGCCGUUGCCGGCAGCGGGCGGAGCGGAGGCGGGCGGGUUUGAAAGGGAGGCGCCCGCUGCCAUGUAAGCUUUGGCCGGGAGGCGCGGCGGCCGGCAGGGGCUGCGCUGGGAGCGGCCCGGCCCGGCCCGGCGGUGCUGCCCUCGCUCCGGGCAUGGGAGCGGCGCGGCGCCGGGCGCUCGGCGCGGAGGGGAGCAGCUGCGCGGCGCUGACCGGGCGCGGCCCCCGGGGAGCCGCCGGCCCAUGGCCUUCAUCAUGAUGAAGAAGAAGAAGUUCAAGUUCCGCGUGGAGCUGGAGCUGGACGAGCUCUCCUCCGUGCCCUUCGUCAACGGCAUCCUCUUCUGCAAGGUGCGGCUGCUGGACGGGGGCAGCUUCAGCGGAGAGUCCUCCCGGGAGGUAGUACAGGCAAACUGUGUCCGCUGGAAGAAAAAGUUCUUAUUUAUGUGUAAAAUCAGUGCCAGUGCCGCAACAGGGAUUCUGGAUACUUGCAUUUGCAGGGUGUCUGUACGGAAGGAGUUAAAAGGAGGAAAGGCAUAUGCAAAGCUGGGAUUCGCAGAUCUAAAUCUAGCAGAGUUUGCUGGAUCGGGAAAUACCACUCGUCGCUGUUUACUGGAAGGUUAUGAUACCAAAAAUACAAGACAAGAUAACUCCAUUCUCAAAGUUUUGAUCAACAUGCAGCUAAUGUCUGGAGACCCAUGCUUUAAAAUGCCUCCUUCCACAGCAAUGUCUAUAGCAAUUGCUGGAGAAUCAGAAUCUUUGCAUGAAGAUAGGAAAGGUGGAGAAAACUUCACAGUAGUACACCUGGGCAUAGCAGAUGUCUCAUCAAAGAGUGCCUCAGUGCCAGACGAACUUGGUGCAUGUGGACAUUCCAGAACAUCAAGCUAUGCAAGUCAGCAGUCAAGACUGUCAGGAUAUAGCACAUGUCACUCUAGAUCAUCCAGUCUGUCUGACCUCUGCCACAGGAGAAACGCCUCAGUGGGUAGCACCUCAACAGGAAUUGGAAGUAUUCUAGAGCCAUGUGAAGAGACUGAGCCAAAAGUAGCUGAAGCUAGUAUUGAUACAUCAGUUAAUGAUGCACCGUCAGAAAAACUCUGCAGACGUCCUGUAAAGCAAGACUCUGUGGAGUCACAGCUGAAGAGGGUCGAUGCUACCAGAGUUGAUGCUGAUGAUAUAGUUGAAAAAAUACUCCAGAGUCAAGAUUUCAGUUUCGACUCAAGUGCAGAAGAAGAAGGUUUAAGAUUAUUUGUGGGCCCUGGUGGAAGCACUUCUUUUGGAAGCCAUCAUCUACCCAACAGGAUCUGGAGCAUAUGAGCAGGUGGUGAUAAAACGCUAGACUAGAAUGACAAACAGGAGGAGAACCUAGAGCUCUGGCACUGAAAAUUGUGGUUUUGUUUGCUCUGUUGCAAGAGUUGGGAAAGCCAAGAUGAACUCAAUGUGAUCUUUUUUUAAAAAGUAAUGGAAUGCCUCUUGCUGGUAGAGCUUUAUCUUCUGUGGUAUGAAGGCAAUAUUUAGCUAUGUAUACCUUGUGCAAGCACUUGGACUGUUUUUGAAAGGUCUACCUGAUGUUAGUGGAAUUACUUGCUUUUUAAGUUGUAUGAAACGUUUUUGGAAGCAUGAAGUGAGUCCCAUUUCAGUAUUUUAUACAGGAGAUCAUUUGCAGUGAUGUACUUUGUAACUUAAUUUUCUAAAGACGCUUCUGAAAGUUGAUCUUAAAUGAACCUGAAGAAAUUACUCAAUUUGAACCUAUUUGCCAUUUUAGCCUUAGAGAAGCUAAUUAGUUUGGUCAAGCCAAAAUUUAGGAUCAAGCCAAAAUUUAGGCCCCCACAAAACAGCCCAGCUAUGUUUUAACAAAACCAAAAACCUUCUUGUAAGAGAACUGAGCAUAAUCUCCUUGUAAGGUAGAACAGUAGAGGUGAAUUUCAGUGCAUUUAAAAAAACCCCAAAAACCUAAAUAGUCUAAACCAGCCAUUAAUCAGUUGUGUUAAUGGUAUAUGAAGUCUAGAGACUUAAAUGCACAAAAACAGAUGUCACAUUUGAUGCAAGUGACAAAAGAAGCGUGACUCCACAUCAAAAUACUAAGGCACAGCACUGUACUAUCAAGAAAGCUGGCUUGAUUUUUUAAAAUCUGGGUUUCAGAAGCUGCUUCCAUGGAAGCUCACUUCAGUAAUGCAUGAAGCUUGAGGUUCAAUAGGAUGGUACUGUUUACAAAUCUAGUCAGUAGUUUACUACCACUUAUUAAUUUUUAUUAUAGCUUAACCCUUCACAGUCAGUCACUGCUUUGCUUGCGUUUUGAAUGUGCCUUGCAGGACGGAGGACGUAUAGGGAGGUUAAACUAUUUACUAAGCAACUUAAGCUUUAAAACUAGGUAAACAUCUAUACUAUUAUCAAUAUAACUUAUUAAGAGAAGCACUUUAUUGUAGACUUACUCUGCACUCAAAACGUCUUACUGUGCAACAGAUCUGUUGAACACUUCUUCCUUCACUAUCUGUCCACUGUUAUAUUAAGGUAAACGUACUCUAUUUAAAUUUGCACAAAUAGUGAUUUGCCUGAAAGGCAAGAAAGAAGAAAGAUACCUCUUAAAAUUUUCAUUGAGAAUUAAAAAUGGAUUCUUUCUUAAGGGAUGUGUUAGGUGACACCAUUCUAAUUCAGGCUUGGCUCUGCUGCAUUUAAUUGUAAACUGCACGUGAUCUUAAUUUUAUGAUUAUUUGUAUCAUUUAUCAGUAAGGCUUGGAUUAAAUAAAAAUAAAAAUAGUGUGGCCAAUUUUGAAAGCUCUGAAUGCUUUAAAAUCUGCUCACAGUGAUGUUUGAUGCUCUUUUAUGUAAGUAUAAAUAGGCCAUAUUAAAUAGGUUAAAUUAAGAAAAGCAGUCUUUGUUUUCCAUAAAUCUGUACUAGAAUUAUUAAACUAAUUUUUAUUUGUGUUUUUUAAGGAAAUUUCAGAUUUUAAAGCUUGAGUACUGUUACUGAAUAUGAUGGAUAUGAGCUAUUUCUCAGUUAUGGUACUUCAAUCUUGUAUUUCCUACUGUUAAUUAUAAUCUUUUUGAAAUGUUUUAAUGGGUAAAAGGAUUAGCACAAAGAUACAUCUGAGCUGCUGUUAAUAGAAGUGUGGUAUUAUGCAUUUCCAUCUUCCCCAGGAAUUUUAAACAGUAACUAUGUAACUGCUAGUGUGCGAUUAUCUCUCAGAACAUGAUAGUUUCCUUUCCUGUUAUGUAACUAAUCUGUACCAAAAAAAUCCUACUGCAAGCCAAAAGAUAUAUGACAUUUAAAUAAGUUUGUUGCUUUCAGUACUCUUUUAACACUGCUACACUUGUUGUCAAAUCUACUAAAACCAGUAGUAGUUAGAUGGUAGUUUACUUAAGCUUACUAGGAAAAAUAGGCAUCGUUUGAGGAAAACAGGCAUCUAAAAAACAUUGUACAAGUGCUCAUGUAAUUCUUAAGGGAAUUUCCAAAGCCCAGAUUUGUAUUCUGUGUUAAAAGCCCCAGUUAACUGCCAUAGAUCAUCUAGGUACUUUGCUUACCAGAAACCAAUUAUUUUCUUGCCUGAGCAGAUCUUUUAAGUAGGAGAGAAGUUUACACAGAAAACGAGCUCUUAAUAAAACUGUAUACUAGUAACUUAUUAUUCUGACUUUGAGUUACAACUCUCUAUGAAAUGAUUCUCUAAUUGUGCAUAUUUUAAAUGGAAUAUAACUUUCAUAUUUAGAUGUAGAAUUUUGUUUUUGUAAACUGUGUUAUAAGAAUACUGGAGACUCUCAUAAAGUAAACUGUUCAGGAUGUGUUGGUGGUUUUCGGUAUGGUUUUUUUUACUGUAUUUAAAUGCAAAUCUCCCAGACACAUAAUAAACCAACGUCUUCAGCUUAGAAUCUGUUUCUAAACAA